AUGGCUUCUAUGAGCAAACAGCAAAGAACAGUUGGGCCAUCUGCGUUGGCGUGCACGGCGUGCAGGUUGAAACAUCUCAAAUGUGACAGAACGUCUCCUCCUUGCACGCGAUGUGCCAGACAUGGCUUGGCAUGUAAGUACACGCCCUCCCGACGAGGUCUCCGACGGACUCCCGAUCACGCCAACCAGCAGUUCCCGGUAAACCUUCCGCAGCAGCAAGAUUCCCGACCGCUGCCAUUCGUCCUACCACCAACGCCGUCAUCGGUGACGACAGGAUUUAUUGGCCCGGACCACACUCUGACCGGCCUGGAUGUGCACAUCCCUUCAGUGCGGACAGGCUUGGCGGCAGCCUCAUCGCAGCCAACCCGGAGACCGCCAGGAGAGGUGCUCGGCACAGAUUCCAUGUCAAGCGGACCAUUUGCGUUAUCACAACAGGAUGAGGAUCAUCUGGUCAAUCUGUACUAUUAUCACUUCCAUCCUGUCCAUCCCGUGCUCCUCCCGCACAGCCGCUUCAACAAACAUGCGUAUCCUUCACACUUGCGGCUAGUGGUGCAACUCAUAGGAAGCCGGUACACUUCAGCCUUUGCAAGUGACACCCUAAAAGAGGCCACGGCAACAUCGAUGACUGGGAUCGCGAAGCUCGAGACCGAUCCAGUCCACCUUAUCCAAAGUCUGCUUCUUUACGCAAUAUAUCUUCAUGCCAGCACAGACCGGAGCUUGGCUCUUUCUGUUUGCGCCAAAGCUUCGGAUCUUGCACUCGAGAUUGGGCUUCACCGUGCCGACUACGUCGUGGAGCACGGGGCCCAGGGCGUGCUACUUGAUGAGAGCCUGCGCAGAACGUGGUGGGAGCUGUUCGUCCUAGACGGCUACUUUGCCGCGCUUCAUCGACAGAUGGCGUUCAGGUGCAACGCGGUCGAAGUCACUGCGCAGCUACCGUGCGAGGAACGUUGGUAUUGCGAAGGACUGAUACCCCCCGAGGCCCGGACGCUAGAACAAUUCGACAGACGGUACUUUGCAGAUGGCGAUGAGGCGUUUUCGUCCGCCUGCUACCGUAUUGACUCGAUACGAAUCCUUGGUCGCGUGCUGGCAGUUGCAGCCGGGCCUAGGAACGGCGCAGACGAUGCCCGAUUGAUCGACAACGCGAUUGUUGCCUGGAAGCUUCAUCUUCCACUUGCGAAAGCAGGUGCUCUCGAUUGCUUUGGCAACGUGGACCCGAUCAUGCUCCAAGCCCACGCAUACAUCUCCAUGGCCGGAAUCCUUCUGCACUUUCCCCGAAGCGAGCUUCUGUUGACAGGGCGCACUGCUGCCGACAUUGCUUGCGCGGCACGCUUGACCCAAGCAUUUCCGACUUCCGCCCAACACGCUGCCAAAGCCAUCUUAGCUUCUAAAGAUCUGGCAGACCUUGCCAACCUAGCUAUGGGCAAGCACUCCCCACUGUUCGCGUGUAGUCUGGUCUUUGGCUGUAUCGUCCAGCUUUCAACAUGCUCUGCUGACUCUCACGAUGGCAUGAUCCAAGGUCGUGACCGAGUUGCGCUGAUGACGGGGGCACUCAAGUCGAUACACCGACACUGGGACAUUGCAGGUGAAGUUUUACGACCUCUCAACAAGCUCGCCAACGCGGUUUUCAGUCCCCAACAUCCUACAGUAUCGAUCGGGAUUUCCCUACCUGAGGACGCUUGGGCAGAUGUUGAUGCAAUGUUGGGUACUGCUUCGUGGCUUGACUUUUUCCCCACUGCAGACAUUGGCGGACGAGACAGGCGCAUGGAAGGUAUGGACGAAGGCAUAUAUAGAUAA